GUUGAUGCUGUACGAACACUUUGAGCCAGAGUGGGUUGUCCUAUGUCUCUUAACUUCCCUCAUAUUGACAUUGUGCCGACUCCAAGCCAGACUUCUCCAGUCGAUUCUGUUUGUUGACAUCCCGUUUGUUCUAGGUUCUUGUCGGAAUAACCCGCGUCGAUUCUGUACAUGUUCACUUAUCGAAUAGAUGGAUCGCUCCAGUUCUCCAGAUUAUAAGGCGCUUUAUCUGAGGGCGGAGGAAGACAAAAGAAAGGCAGAGGAAGGCAAAAGAAAGGCAGAGGAAGGCAAAAGAAAGGCAGAGGAAGAGCGGGACCAAGGACGAGAACGAACACGGCUAACGACCUUUCUCGAGCUCCUUCGCCUGUGCCACUCCCUUUUCUCGCUGCAGCUACGAGUUGAAACCCCGUCUCGCUCUACGACUGGUAAAAUACCCCCGCCGACCGGGAAAUAUUGUCCGUUGCGGCUUCGGCAUUGGGAAGAUUGUCAUGCCAGACAACAGGAGGUUUACCGCUCUAUUUGCGCCUAUCUGGAGACUCCAGGGGAGACCGCCGCGCCACUAUUCUCGCCCCGCCUUGUGCUGGAGGAUCUGGGGCAAAGGUUUGGUGAAAGAGCUAUAAGUAGUGAACAGGAUCUGGAAAGCUAUGAACGAUUUGGUGUGGAGAACUAUGUUCAUGACAUUAUCGCAGAACUUUGUAAGAACCCUGCUGCCCGAGACCAGUUUGGCUUGGGCGAUGGGGUCAAGUUUGACAAUCAUGCAAACGCCCUCGAUCAAACUGAGGCUGAUCUGUCCCUACUGGCUGAAUCCUCGACGUACCGGCGUUCUAGACCAGAUCAAUUUUGCAUCCGCCGCGUUGAUGGUGAGAGAAAUACGCUUCUUACCACAGUCGAGUAUAAGCCGCCUCAUAAACUGUCCGUCGAGAACCUGCGCGCCGGCUUGCGAGAGAUGAACUUUUGGGAAGAGGUGGUCCAGCCCAAUUCCAUUCCCACGGAGGAAUCUGCGAAAUUGUCGUAUAAUGCAGCCUGGCUGACCGGAUCGGCUAUAACUCAAGAGUACCAUGUCAUGAUCCAGGAAGGUCUCGAGUACUCAUAUUUGACGAACGGAUUAGCAUUGGUUCUGUUACGUGUCCCUUACGAUGAGCCGGGCACGUUGUACUACCACCUAUGUGAGCCAAACAUGGAGAUCGAUCUAAAUGAUGACCAGAGCUUUGAUCAGCCGUUGACAACCAUUGCGCGGGUAUUGUGUCUGUGUUUGCUGUGUUUUGGCGCGCCGGUCCGCGACCAGGCCUGGCGAAAUAAGGCACAGAAGCAGCUGCCGGUCUGGAAGACGAGUUUCGAUCAUACCCGCUCCCAAAUCCCGGAAAGCGAAUUACGACAAAACCCGCCGAGCUCUGAAUAUAGUCCCUCGGUGAGUUCCGGACGGUCGGUCUCCGAGUACCUCCCGUCGUCCUCUCCGGUGGAAUCUCCUACACAACGACGUCGAAUACCGACCCGGUCUCGAGCCCAGUGCGCGCCGAACACCAUGGAACGCGAGGAUUCUCCAGACUCGGAUACGGACUCCGCACCUGGCUUCAGCCAGGUUACAUCAUCUCCAUCAUCUCCAUCGGUGCAGCGAUCAGCCCGUCAGACGGGCACCCGGCCGAACGAACAUGGUCGGUACCAACACAACGCUCAAUUUUGUACCCAGCGAUGUCUGUUGGGCCUGCAGCGAGGAGGCACGCUGGAUGACUGCUGCCCGAAUGUCCAGCUCCAUCGACAGGGUGGCACCAGCAAUCAACACUUGAUUGACGCCAGCGGUCUGGUUCGGCGGAUCAAGCAGCAACUGGACCAAAAUCUCGACGUCGACUGCACCCCCAUGGGAGGCUGUGGAGCAUCGGGAGCGCCCUUCAAAAUCACGUGCACCUCAUAUGGGUAUACGGUCGUCGGGAAAGGAACCACGUCUUACCUGUGGAAUGAGGUCAAGCGAGAGGCAGAUAUUUAUCGUAUCCUCUGGCGAGCCCAAGGGCGAGCCGUCCCGGUCUUUCUCGGCACAAUCGACCUGGCCAUGAUCUACUUCCUGCACGGGGCUGGCCAGAUCCGCCAUAUGCUCCUGAUGGGUUGGGGCGGUGAACCUAUCCACAAGUUGGAAGAUGUUGAGACGAUCAGGCACGAAGUAUCGCGAUCACAGAAGAAGAUUCGCUCACUCGGGGUAUUACACCAGGACCUUCGGCCGGAUAACAUGCUGUGGAACGCCGAGCUAGAGCGGGUGUUGAUCAUUGACUUUCAUCGUUCCCAAUUGGAUAGCCGACCGAUGAACAAGCGAAUGAGGUUACGAGAGCAGCACUCGUGUGGGGCCGAGGUAAACGGGCGGAAGCGACAUCGUAUUGGCCAAUAGCUGCAUGUGCCGAGGAACUUGCCAUUCACAAAGCUUGGAUUCAAAUUUAUAAGAAAUCAAGUUGGAUGAAUCGAGUUGGCCAUACAGAAAUGCGAAG